AUUGCCCGGCAUUCAUUGGCUGAUUGCAUGACUUACUUGUUAACGUCAUUACGUUUUCUUGCGUAGCUGCUUCCUGAAGCCCAACACAGCAAAAUAGACGAUGUUGGUCCUGGUGUUAGGUGACCUGCACAUCCCCCACCGAUGCAACACCCUACCAGCCAAGUUUAAGAAGCUGUUGGUGCCAGGCAAGAUCCAGCACAUCCUCUGUACAGGAAACCUCUGCACCAAGGAGAGCUAUGACUACCUGAAGACACUGGCUGGGGACGUACACAUUGUCAGGGGAGACUUUGAUGAGAACCUGAACUACCCGGAGCAGAAGGUGGUGACAGUAGGUCAGUUUAAGAUCGGCCUGAUCCAUGGGCACCAGGUGAUCCCCUGGGGGGACAUGGCAAGCCUGGCCCUGCUGCAGAGGCAGCUCGACGUCGACAUCCUCAUCUCUGGACACACACACAAGUUUGAGGCCUUCGAAAACGAGAACAAGUUCUACAUCAACCCUGGCUCAGCAACUGGAGCCUACAAUGCACUGGAAAGCAACAUCAUCCCAUCUUUUGUAUUGAUGGACAUCCAAGCAUCCACAGUGGUGACGUACGUAUACCAGCUCAUAGGAGAUGACGUCAAAGUGGAGAGGAUUGAGUACAAGAAAUCCUAAACCCAGGGCUGAAAAGGGAGGGGUGAGGCAAGGGGUGCUGUCGUUCAGUGUAUUGUUUCAUUCCUUUCUACCUGCAGCUCCAACUACAUAACCACAAAAAAUGCUCUACCAUAACUGUUUGCUAGCUUAACUCUAUAAAGAAAUGUAUAAUAUUUUAUGUCAUCCGCAUUGGAAUGUGUUCCACCCACCAUGUGGUGUCUGUAAAAAUACAUUUAAAAAAUGCAAUUGUCACACGCGUUUGCAUAAUGUCAUUCAAAUAAAUAUUUGGUGCCACUUUUUGAAUUUUA